AUGGGCUGGUUCUGGCCCGACGCCCAACCAAACGCUGACAAGAACAGCUCCGACCCCUUCCACCGCCUCGACCCCCAAGUCCGCGAGUUCCUCCUCCGCGAAUCCCCCCUCAAGCCCGCCCCCCCCACCCCCACCACCGCCGCCCCCAAACCCGCAGACCUCCCCACCACCACCACCACCACCACUACCGCCCCAGAGGCAGAGCCGAGAAGAACGGCGGCGGCGCCAACGCCAUCAAAGUACGGCGACCGCUACGCCGACAUCUGGGCGCAGUACCAAUCGCCCUCGGCCCAAGACGCAGGGAAGUCUGCGUCCGAGCAGCUCACAGACAUCAUCAAGGCGUACCAGUGGCGCAAGGGCGCGAUUGGGCGCGCGGCGCUCGAGAACUGCGCGAAUGAGCAGUGGGCGCUGCAUGAUUGCUACCGCAACGGGACGUUCGCGGAGAGGAUGACGGCGUGCUCGGGGAAGAGUAAGAAGUUGAAUGAUUGCUAUGUGAGCCAGGCGAACUUCUUGAGGGCUAUGGGAUACAUGUCGGACUACAGCCGCGACCCGGCCGUCGACGAGAGGAUCCAGAUGCAUGCCGAUAAGCUGUACCAGGAGCAGGUCAAGCAGGACGAGAUGGCGGCCGCGGCAAAGAAGGAGCCCUUCAUCUCAGACCCGCCGUCAUCUGAAGAGAAAGCUCUAUAA